GGCAGCUACAAGCUCUGCCUCCUCACAGGAGGAGACCUGCUGUGGACACGGAGCGGCACCAAGAGCAGCACACGACACACAACGCCUAAAGACUCCAGGAGCGAGUGCACAUUUUUCAAACUGGAUGGAGAAGGAGAAGAACGUGAAGCCAGAUUUCUAAGGAGGGAUCUUGGCUCCUGCACCAUCUCCCCCUGCGGCUCUUUUGGCUCGCUCAGCACUUCCUUAGCAGAGGGUCUGCUGGCAGGAGCAACAUCUGAACAGGUCAUGAAGCCCCAAGAGGCAGAGCUCGUCUCUGAAAUCUCAAAGCUACAGUUCAUGGUCACAGAACUGAAGACGGGCUUCACCAGCGCCCUGCUGGAGCUCGGUCGGAUCCAGCAUGGAGACUCGCACCUGAGGGAGGAGCUGGAGGAGAACAGGAGGAGCUGUCAGAAAAAAGCUUUCCGCUUGGAGGCGCUGGUCGAGUCGCUGAGGGAGGAACUUGGAGUACUGAGGAGUCAAAUUGUGCAGCUGUACAGCAACAGGCCCGGACCCGAGCUGGACGGAAAGAGCCUCACGUCCAAACCAAGAGAAAGCGAUCCAGCAGAGCCAGCCGGUGUUUGUGAGUGUUGUGCUCCUCCACCGGCCUGCCUGUCCAGAGGGAAACUGCUCCUUCACUGCUUCCUCCAGGGUCUGAAGGCCGGGCUGAGCGAAGGAACAGAUGCUCGACACCAGGUGGCCAUGCAGCUCCUGCACUCUGAGUGGGAAUACGUGUCGACCCUGAACCAGCUGUACGACAAGUACAAAACACCGCCAGCUCACCAGACCACCGGAGAGCCGUAUCAGACGUAUGUGAGGUUCGUGGAGCAGCUCCUGCAGCGACAUGUGCUCUUCAGGAACACCCUGCAGGAGAGGUUAUCCGCCGAACACUGGAAGUCUCUGGUCGGCGACAUCCUGGUGCAGCUCAUCGGCCAAAACGACACAGCUUUUUCAGAUAUGUAUCUCGGAUACACGACGACGUUGGCGUCGUUCCUCUCACUCGAGUUCAACCGGCUCAAUCAGCAAGGGAAAAGCCUCCAAACACAGAGCGGCCAGAUGGAGAGAGAGGAGAUAAAACUGCUCUCUGUGCUGUUGGCUCCUGUUGCUAGGAUUCACAGCUACCUGAGUCACAUUCAGAACCUGCUGCAGUGGACCGGUAAGGAGCAUCCUGACUGCAGCCUGUUGCUGGGGUCUGAGAGAGCUCUGAGGAGCGUUUUGUCCCGCUGCCACGUGAUCUUGGAGGAGGACGUUCGAUGGGAGGAAGAUGAGGAAGCUGGGCAAAGCGCCCCCUGUGAUGCUGCAGUCGCUGCGUCCUCCGGAAGCUGCUGCACCAGGAGCCAGCAGAUAAGAGAGGAGUCCAGCUCUGCUGCUCAGAGAGAUGUCCAGCUGGCUGCUCCUCUCACCAAUGGGGUGGAUGGCGGUCACUCCAUGCGCCUGGAGUGCUGGUCCUGCAGCCCGGUGAGGAGGAAGAGCUUCCUGAGAGACCGGGCCGCCCUGAGGCAGCCCGUCUGCCACUGCGGUCAUGCGUGCUGCUCUCUGCUCGCUCCGGACGUCGUGGGAUGGGGAGAAAACAGCGACUCGGGUCAGGGCACCUUCAGCCAGCCCACUGUGAAAUCCGCCAACGACCCGGAGACGACGCACGCAAACAGCGAGACGGACGACACCUCCGCCUUUGACUAUUCCUCCGUCACCUCCUGCAGCCCGGAUGGCACCCUGCGCAGGGAGGUGGUGGACACCAACAGUGGGGAGGACGAGGACGACGAGGACGAGGAGGACAGCCAGGUGCCCGUGCUGCUGAAGCCCUCAUUCAGCCAGCAGCAGCAGGAGCAACCGGCGCCGGCGGGGGAAACCAGAGGCAGAACUGUGUGUGUGAGGUGGCAGAUUCCCAGGUUCACCCCUCACCCUCCUCUCAGGAGCCCUGCAGGGCUGCAUGCGGACGGACCGACGCCUUGCCUCAUCAGCUCCUUUGGGAAGAGACUGGUCAGCCUGAGGAAAGGGUCGCCUCCUCCACAUCUGAAAAGUGCCUUCAGGCCCAUCUGGGACGAUCCAUCCAAGCAGGCCGAUUCCGCUCCAGAGAAGGACAGCAGACCUGCUGGGUUCGUUCCAGUUCCAGCUCCAGUCAGGAACAACUUCCAGGCUUUCGCUCCCAGCAGGGAAAACCUGAGACCUGCGCCUGCUCAGCAGCGAGGGACCUACGGACCAGCCGUGGACGGGGGAGGACUGUGGGACAGUGAGGACAGCGAGGGACCUUGCAGCACAGUUUGACUUUUUGCAAAAAAAAAAAAAAAGGCAAAACAUCUAGAUGCUCUUCAUUUCAAUAAAUUCAUUUGAGAUGUUUUGUGUGAGCAACAAAAUUGCUGGUCUGCCUCUGUGAUCUCCAGCUCGAAGGGAUUUAAUGAAGUCAAAUAUUUGCUAAAUUUGACUUCAUUUUUCUUCCAGCCGUGAUGGUGACGACUGGAGGAUGGAUGAAAACAAAUACAAAGGAGACCUGGAGGGAAAUCUGCCAGGACUCGAUGACGGGUCUUUCCUUCCCGUUUCUCUGCACCACUUUGCUUUGGCCUACAACAGGAAGCAAGAAAACCUGAGAAAAUGUCAACUUUAUAGUUCCAGUACAUAAAAGAAACAAAUGAGAAAUAAGUGGUUCAGUACAAAAUAAGACUGGGUGAUUUAUUAAUCUCAUCAAGAUCAUUAAUACAAAGCAGUUAAAAGGCCACAUACCAUCAAACAAACUGAUUGCUGGAUCAAGCUGUUACAGUGCCAUCAACAGAGAACUUAAUAGUUAUUUUGAGGGGUGGGUGGAUGUGAGAGGGGCGGUUUGAAACAACAACAACAAAAGAGACCUUGGUAAGAUCAACCCCAUCAAUACUGACACGGGAGCCUCUGAGACGGGGAAAACGAAGACGAAACGACAAAGAGUUCUCACAUGAAACCAGAAUGAAAAUCCUCCCAAACACCGCGUCGCAGGACUAGUUUGAAAAAACUCCAUCCUCCUCCUACCUGAACUCAAAGUGAAUGAGCAAAAAUCUAUAUACAUAUAUAUAUAUAUAUAUAUGUAGUUUUUUUUAGAAAGAGUUGUUCGUGGCGAUUAGACGCCGACCGAGCGUUCGGGUGAGAUGGAAAAUGUUGGAGAAAUAAAGAAAAGGAAAAAACUGAGGUGGUAGACUUGUGUCUUUCCUGGCCUGAUCUGUGUUGCCCAGGGUCACUGCAUUUACAAACAUUCCUGUGACAACUGUGGCUCUUAAACAGUACAGCCUAAAGUGCACAAAGUGUGUUCCCCCCAAAAAAACCAAACAAAACAAAACAAAAAAAAAACACACACACACAAAGAAAACCAAAACUAAAUAAAAAACACCCCCCAAUUCUUUACUAUGCGCCAAAACUUGUGACUUGAAUAUAUUCCAUUGCAACUUUAAUACUACUCCAACCUCUGUUUGAUGAGCGUAAGCAUUAAAAAGUCUUUGAAAGGGAGAUAAAAAGGCAAUUAGUAGGAUGUACAAAGUGAAGCACGCGUCGUCUGUGUGUGUAAGUGCUUGGUGUAUUAAGCUGGAUCAUUUCCAUUGCUUUGGAGCACCAGAGGGGGAAAUUAAUGGCUUUUCCUGGGAAAUAAUCGCAUUGGCUGAACUGGAGAUUGUCUGCAAAUUAGCAACAGUGACCUGUUUUUUUUUAUUUUUUUUAUUUUUUUAAUUUUUUAAAUUUCAUUUUUAGCCCACUGUAGCAGCGUUGGAUUCUUAAGAAAAAGACUGGAAAAAAAAAGGGGUAGUUGAUGGUACGUUAAGACGGAGGGAGGAGGGAAAGGAUUUUCACUUUAUACAAAUGACUCAGUUAGUGUAUACAUGUUAUAUAUACACACAGCAUGAACAAACGUACAAUUUUUUUUUAUAGUGUAUAGCUUUUGUUCUAAACAUUACAUAGGCAACUUUUCUUUUUUUCUUUUUUUUUCCUUUUUUAAGCAUUUUAGACACCGUCUGCUGUAUUUCCGGAAAAUAGAAAACGAACUAAAAAGGCACAUCCGAGCGCGAGGCGUGGAUCGUUUCAGUCUGUCCGAACCGAAACCAAAUGUUUCAAAGCCAGAAAAAAAAAA